AUGGUACGACGGGAGCGGAGGACGGCCCUAAAGCACGCCGAGGAUAGAUACGAGCUCGGUUACGACGCGGGCGUACUCACCCUCUCCCCUCCCUUCUACACUCGCUCGCAGCAAUGUCGCCGGGCCCCUCUCCUUCCUUCGUCGUCGCCUGCUCCAGCGCUCCGAGACCUGCGGCGCCGUGCGCCCCACAGAACAUCAUGCUGCGCGCAGCGCUAUGCGAGGCGGGUGGGCGCGCGGUACGGGUGGCAUGAAGGCGUGCGCGGGAGCAUCGCGCUGCGCUUCAGGCUCAGCAGUGGGCGGUACGCGAUCCGAUACCCGCGCACGGGGAAGCAGUCCUCGGCGCAGUGCCUACGGCCUCGACAUCUGUUCGUCGUGUUAGGCGCGCUGCUGGAGACCCACAAGCCUCAGUACAUCGCCUGCGACAACGACGCGGGAGUUCGGGCGGACACGGCGCAGCGGUAUGUGAAGGGCCCCGCGCGGGAUGAGAGGUCAUAG